AUGGCAGCCGAGCUGAGACUACACGAUGGCCUGGUUGUGAUUGACAACUAUCCAGAAGCUCGUCUGGACCUUCGAGGCAUCACCCAUGUUAUCUCUACCACCUACGACUUUCCCGACUACAACUCCUGCUUCGACGCUCUGAUUCCUGUCGUUAGGCCCACCUGGGUUCAACAUUCCCUCGCACGGGAUAGACUUCUCAAUCCACGUCAAUACAGUCCUGACCCUCGCUACUUCAUGUCAGAUGUUGUCGCUUGUGUUGCCGACCUGCCGCAAGGUGACGCUGAUGCAAUAGCGGGGGGAAUACUCGCCAUGGGAGGCGUGUUCUCUACGAAGCUCACAAGCCAAGUCACCCACAUCAUCGCCUUGUCUAUGGAUUCAGAAGCUGUCACAGUUGCGGAAAAGAAGAAACUCCCUGUGAAAGUCGUGUUACCUCACUGGGUGGACGAUUGUUUGAAGUUGGGAAGAAAAAUUGGCGAGGAUCCCUACAUGCUUCCAGACUCAGAGAUCACAAAACCCGCCACCGGCAGGGCUCCUAACGCAAGGCGCAAGACCGAGGUGGAUGGGGCUGCACAUCCCGACCCUGUUCAAUUGAAACAAAAUCCCAGUCCGCCGCGGAAGUUGCAGAAAGUUUUCAAGAAGAAGGCUGUUAUGCUAGCGAGCGACUUGGGUAUUUCUCCAUAUCUGCGUGGCAUCCUGGAUGGUCUCAUUACAGCGGGUGGCGGGACAGUCACGGACUCGGUGUCUCAAGCCGAUAUGUACAUCUGCAAGUAUCGAGAAGGGAGGGAUUACAAGACGGCCUCGAGGACCAGGAAAGAUGUGGGAAAUCUGUCCUGGCUCUACUUCCUGAUACAGACUGACGAGUGGACAUCCCCAAUGCGACGCAUGUUACACUAUCCAGUGGCCAAGGAUGGACUUCUGGGCUUUCGUGGCCUGGUCAUAAGUCUCUCAAACUACACCGGUGAAGCUAGAGCGUAUCUUGAAAAUCUGAUUGCUGCCACCGGUGCCACAUGCACCAAAACCCUCAAGCAGGACAAUACUCACCUCAUCACCGCCCACGACCACAGCGAGAAGUGCGCGGCUGCAAAGGAAUGGGGAGUCCACAUCGUCAACCAUCUCUGGUUAGAAGAGAGUUACGCACGAUGGAAGAUGCAAAGCAUAACCGACAGCAGAUACACACACUUUCCUCAGCGCACAAAUCUCGGCGAUGUUGUUGGCUACACUCAGUUGGAUCGCAAUGUCCUCGAGCAAUAUUUCUUCCCUGAUAAUGACGCCGAGACGACGGAUGCCGCUGAUAAUGAACCAACCAAUCAGGCAGAUCAAAAUGCAGGUGAGGCUAAACACCCGCUGUCUACGAGAAAGAUCAAGAACGAACAGACACCCAAAGCUGGCCUCACUAGUCGGAAUCCUCAAACCCCAGUGACCUCCAGAUUGGUUGUACCAGGGAAGGAAAACAUUACCCCAUCAACAACAAAUAGUCGCAAAUCCAAAGAAAUUGCAGCGUCUCGACUGCACGCGCAAGCUGAAGAUAUCCUUCUCUUCAACAAGGAGAGUAAACGUAAGGGUGGCGUUAUCUAUGGCGGACGGCGCAAAUCAGAUCCUGAUCGUAUUCAACUGGGUCGGAAGAGAUCGAUGGAUGAAGUAGACGGUGCCGAUGAGUCAGACGAUAGCGAUGCAAAAAAGGUCAAACGCGAGGAUGCUCCCAGCAUUCGCCUGGUCAUCUCUGGAUACAAGAAGUGGGUCAACAACGCCAAAGGCGAAGAUCGUGACAAGGCAAGGAUAUUCUGCAUCCACAAGCAACUUCGCAACCUCGGGAUUUUCGUGACUACCGACGCCAGCAAAGCUACCCAUCUGGCAGCUCCUAACAUUGUUCGGACACAGAAAUUCGUGACCGCCCUUGCUUACGCGCCCUUGGUUAUCUCGACGGACUUCAUUGAUGCUUGUCUUGAGAAGGACGAACUACUCGAUCCAGAGCAAUACAAGCUCCGCGACAAAGACAAUGAGAAGAAGUUUCACCUAUCUCUAGAAAAGUCUCGGCAGCGGGCCAAAAAGAAUGCGAAUCAACUUUUGCAAGGCCGGUGUAUUUACUGCACGGAGAAUAUCACUGGGGGCUUUGACACGUUCAAGGCAAUUGUGGCAGCCAAUGGCGGGCGGUGUAUGCUCUGGAAGAAUCGCAAGGGCACAACUGUUCCGUCCGGACGAGCAGACAGCGAAGCGUCUACGGAUACCGACGUCAACAAUGAUGUGUAUCUGCUUACUGACCACGGCAAGGAAAAUCAAGGUCUAUGGUCACGGUUCAGAGAAAUGGCUGAGGGUAGUCGGAAAAUACCGAAAAUCCUGGCGUCAGACUGGCUGUUGGAAACUGCAAUGUCUCAGGAGAUACGACCGACCAGGCCCUACGAGUUGUAG